AUGGAGGUGCCAGUAGCGUUGGCGAUGGCGAAAUUGGCGCUGACAUAUUCCCUGGUAUCAUUCACCGAGUCCGCAGUCACUUUCCCUGUAUUUGGAAAAUUCACGGCCACGUUUGGCGAAUCGUGGGACUUGUACCUGGUGUCCUUGCUUGCCGGAGGUCUGGCGGCCUUGCUGCUGUUCCGCAGACCGCUUCUCGGGUGAAACAGUGUGUGUGAAUGUGUCUACCCGAGCACACUUGAUCCAGUUCAAGGCAUUUUUGUGGACUGGAGAAACCUGUGCGCGAAUUUCUUUACUUGUGAUCACAAUGCCGAUGUUCUUUUUUUUUUUUUUGGUGUGUCCCAAAAGAUUGUGGGGUGGGAACGUGGUGAGGAAUUAUUAUAGAGACUGAUUUUUGCUACGAAUA